GGGAACGGCCCGCCCGGGCUCGGGGGGCCCCGGCCGGUGAAGCGCAGGGGCACGGCGAACCGCAAGGAGCGGCGCAGGACUCAGAGCAUCAACAGCGCCUUCGCGGAGCUGCGGGAGUGCAUCCCCAACGUGCCCGCUGACACCAAGCUCUCCAAGAUCAAAACCCUCCGCCUGGCCACCAGCUACAUCGCCUACCUCAUGGACCUGCUGGCGAAGGAUGACCAGAACGGGGAGGCGGAGGCCUUCAAGGCAGAGAUCAAGAAGACAGACGUCAAGGAGGAGAAGAGGAGGAAAGAGCUGGGAGAAACUAGGCAAGCAAAGCGCAAACGCUUACGUGCGGGCAAUCGCAGGCGCGCCGACACCCCGCUAUCCAAAGUGGUAGUCAGCUUUACAACCAGCCGGGAGAGCUGGAGCCUGCUGUAA